AUGUCGGCCUCGGACGAGAAGAAACCGUCGGUUCCUUCAUCUCAUGUCACCGUCAGUAUCAAAUCUAUCUUUUGACAGAAAGAGAUGAGUGUGUACUUCCGGAUUAAGAAGGACGUUGAGCUCUGUAAAAUGAUGAAAGCUUAUUGCGACAAAUUUGGAAUAGAAAUGUCUACUCUCAGAUUUCACUUUGACGGAGACCGGAUCAAACCCAAUCAAACUCCUAGUGAGCUUGGGCUUGAAGACGGAGAUGAAAUCGACGCAUUUUUUGAUCAAGAUGGAGGGCGCAGUUUCUGUUAUCGGUAUUAA